ACGGAUAACUGAGUAAAGGAGUUGAGCUAACCGGGAUUGUACACUUUUUAGCAGUUGAGCUCACCAGAUCCAAAAAAUGUAACGAUUAACGUUAUAUUUAUAGCUCCCCAUUUCCCUUCCCUGCUCCCAUAUCUUCGUUCUUACCGAAUUUCACUCACUUCUCACACUCUCACACACACACUCUCUCACACACACACACACACAAUGGACUACCACUCGAACCACCGCGCUACUCGCUCUCCCUCCUCCUCCGCCUCCUCCACCUCCUCUUACACUCCAAACCCUCCCACCACAACCACCACCACCACCACCACAACUACCACCACCACCGCCGCCUCUGACCCGAUGCACUCCUGGUGGGAAUCCGUAUCCAAAGCCCGUUCUCGAAUCCACGCUCUCUCUUCUCUCCUCUCCAAUUCCUCCCCUUCCUCCUCUUCCUUCUCCUUCUCUUCCCUCGCCGACUCCGACCGCCCCGCCCUCUCCCUCCUCUCCUCCCCCACCGCCUACUCCCUCAUCUCCUCCGCCCUCUCCUCCCCUCUCUCCGGAUCCGGAUCCGACCCGCUCUGCCAAUGGCUCUACGACACCUACCUCUCCUCCGACCCUCACUUGCAACUCGUCGUCCUUUCUUUCCUCCCUCUCAUCUCCGCCCUCUACCUCUCUCGCAUCCACUCCGACGACUCUCUCUCCCUCCCUUCCCUCGCCGGAUUCGAAGCCGUACUCCUCGCUCUCUACGCUUCCGAAACCAAAUCCCGCAACGGAAAGCCGAUUCUCAUCCAAAUCCCUGACCUCUCUCAGCCCUCGCUCUACCACACUCCUCGCCGCACCACCCCCGCCGCUAACAAUCGGCCUUCCGUUGGAAUUUUGUCGCUGCCUUUAGAGCCGCAGAUCGCCGUUAAAUCCACGAAACGAGCUUGCAUCGUCGGCGUCGCUCUCGAUUGCUAUUACAAGCAGAUCUCGCAGAUGCCGAGUUGGUCUAAGCUCGAAUUUUGCCGAUCCGUCGCUGCCUGGGCCGGCCAGGACUGUCCUUGUAAAAGAGAGUUCGACGACGAAUUCGAAAACUGCACGUCGUUUUCGGAUUCUAGAGCAAUCGAGAAUGGAUGUGAGAUUGAGAUUGAAGGUGUGGUUGAAGAGAUGAACAAAUUAGGGAUCCAGAAAUACAAGGCUGGUGAUAACGAUGAUGAAAAUUCCGAAAAACCUAAGGGGAUUAGAAUUCCGUUACCUUGGGAGCUAUUGCAACCGGCAUUGAGGAUUUUAGGGCAUUGCUUGUUGGCUCCGUUGAAUCCACAAGACGUAAAGGACGAAGCCGCGGUGGCCGUGAGGUGUUUAUACGCCAGAGCUUCUCAUGAUCUGGUUCCGCAGGCGAUCUUGGCCACGAGGAGCCUUAUUCAGCUUGAUAAGAGGGCGCGCGCGGCUGCUAAGAUGGAGGCAGAAGCAGCAGCAGCUGCAGCAAAUGCAUCUUCGAAUUCCAACACUCCAAGCAAGGCUAAGAAACCGGAAAUCCUAUUGGUUUCCAAGUGAUUGGGAAUGUCGCAGUUUUGCAGGUAAUGGUUGUUGUUGUAUAGUUAAAAGUUGAAGCAGUCGAAAAUUUAAUUUAUGUAGGUUAUUGCUGUAUGCCAAUAUAUAUUAGUGUUUGUAGUUCUCAGUGAUUGUUUUUUUGUAAGUUUUAAAAAUUUUAUUUCUGGAUUGACAGUUAUAAAGGAUUCAGGUCUUGUUGUGUACUUUUGUAUUUUUUUUAUUUGAGGAAAUUUGGAGAAAUGGUUUGUAACACAAACGCUUGUAUGGCGUGUGAUUUCUCUUUUGAAUUGGUUGUUGUAUAGUUAAGAAUGCUUGUUGUAAUGUGAACGAUGUCUCUUCGUGA